AUGGGCCGCAGGUUCGCCGACGAGCGGUCGCUGGACAACCCAGGCGAGCUCAAGGGCAUCAGGAACUUCUGGUACCCCGUGCACUUCUGGUCCAAGCUGACGAAAGGCGACGCGUCGCCGGACUUUCCCCUCUUCGGCGAGGAAUGGACGCUGGUGCGAACGGACGCGGCGGGCGUCGCGGCCGCCAGGGCGUCCAUCGCCUUCCCUGGAUGCGACGAGAUGGCGUCCAUCGGGGACGGCGGGUGGGUGUGCCGAUCCGUCGCCGACCCCGCGAUGCACCUCCCCAUCGGCGUCAAGGACGGCCUCGUGAUGGUGUGGCCCGGGAGCUGCAAGCCGGACGCCGCGCUCCCCGGCACGUUCAAGCCCCCCGAGGGGUACACCACCCACGCGGAGCUCAUCAUCGAGGACGUACCCGUGGAGCACGGGCUUCUCAUGGAGAAUCUGCUCGACUUGGCGCACGCGCCGUUUACGCACACGGGGACGUUUGCCAAGGGAUGGGGGGUGCCCAACUUCGUGGAGUUCGUCACCGCUCGUCUGCGUAAGCCCGGGGACGGCUGGCACGACAUGGCGAACGGCCUGAACCUCUCCGCCCUGGGCGGGCAGAGCGGCAGCUGGAACCCGUAUCCCAUCGACAUGAAAUUCGUCGUCCCGUGCAUGGUGGAUUCUCACAUCGGCAUGUCGCAGGCUGGCGCGGCGGGUGGCGGGGCGCAGUUCGAGGAGGGGGUGCAGUGCGCGGAGUGCGCGAACCACCUUCACCAGCUGCACGUGUGCGUCCCGUCCACCCCCGGGCGCACCCGGCUGCUCUACCGCAUGAGCCUGGAUUUCGCCGGCUGGGCCAAGUGGGUGCCGGGGAUCGAGCUGGUCUGGACGGAGAUGGCGAAUCAGGUGCUCGGCGAGGAUCUGAGGCUGGUGACGGGGCAGCAGGACAGGAUGCAGCGAGGCGGGCGGGUGUGGGCGCACCCGGUGGCGUACGAUAAGCUCGGGCUGGUGUAUCGCAGGUGGAGGAACUUCUCCGUCGGGGACUCGUGCGAGCUCUGA